UGGAGACAUCGGAUUCUGCAGUGAUUUGUCUUGUUGUAAAUAUAAGGAGCUUAAAGGGGGUGUCUUUUCUUUCCGAUGAUCUUCGGGGACAGAAGCAUCUCCCCCCUUGUGUAAUAAUUCAAAGAUCCUCUGUUGCAUAUGUGGCAGAUUUAGAGCAUUUUCUGCGCACCCUUUUCUUUUCUUUUUUUUUUUAUUUUUUAAAAGGUACACAGGAAAACAAAAAGGGAGUGAGCGAGGAGAAGAAGAAGAAGAAGAAGAAGGAAAGGAGCCUUCUUUCAACUUUAGUUGGUUGAAGCCGGAAAUGGUUUUAGUUGGAAAUUAAUUGGAGAGAGAGAGAGAGAAUCACAGAAUCUCUAAGAGGUUGAAACGAAUUGCCUAAGAUCCAGGAAACCCCUGAUUGGUUUGGAUCUCCUUUUCUUUCUUUCUUUUUUCUUUCUGGGUAGUUAGUUUCCCUGGAAAAUUUAUCUGUUUUUUCUUUCUUUCUGGGCAUUUCUAUCUGUUUCUGGUCCUCUUUCAUGCUCUCUGAUUUAGGGUUUCGCUGGUGAGGUCAGAAUCAGAGUUCAUCAAUGGAUGAAGCAUCUCCGGCUGUCGCUGUGCCAUUCAGGCCGUUCCCCGAGUCUCAGCUAGAAUUCACCGGACUCAGGCUAAGUAAAGGGUACUGCAAUGGCCAGUAUCCGACCGACGAUGGCGAUUCUAGGGUUUGUGGUACUGUCCACACGAAUCAGAAACAUGGGUCCUCGUUGUCGGAGAUUUCGUGCUCUGGGUCUCUUGUCUCCGGCGCAAAAACCAUCGCUAACAGUGAUGAAUCUAAGAAAGACUUGAACUUUCGGAUCAAUUCUUCGAAUUUACAGCGGAUUGAAACACCAGACGCCGUCGCCGAUCUGGUCGGCGAAGAGAUCAACGGCUCCGAGGAGUUUGACCCGAGAUCAACGGCUCAGAGCGAGAAGAAGAUAAUCAGCAGAACAGAGAGCAGAAGUCUGUUCGAGUUCAAGAACGUGCCUUUGUACGGAGUAACCUCGAUAUGUGGAAGACGACCAGAAAUGGAAGACGCUGUUUCGGCGAUUCCCAGGUUUCUUCAGGUUUCAUGUAACACGUUGUCAGAAGGCCGUGUCUCUAACGGGUUUAAUCCUCGUACGAGUGCUCAUUUCUUCGGUAUCUUCGACGGCCAUGGCGGCUCUCAGGUGGCGAAUUAUUGCAGGGAGAGAGCUCACAGGGCGUUGGCAGAGGAGAUAGCGAAGGAGAAGCCAGCGCUAUGCGAUGGGGAGACAUGGCAGGAGAAAUGGAAGAGAGCUCUGUUCAAUUCGUUCCUGAAGAUAGACUCAGAGAUCCAAUCUGUCGCUCCUGAGACAGUGGGGUCCACCGCAGUGGUCGCCCUCGUCUUCCCCACCCAUAUAUUCGUGGCCAACUGCGGCGACUCGAGAGCCCUUCUCUGCCGUGGCAAAACCCCUCUCCCCUUAUCAGUUGAUCACAAACCGGAUAGAGAAGACGAAGCUGCGAGGAUAGAAGCCGCCGGCGGGAAAGUUAUCCGGUGGAAUGGAGCUCGUGUUUUCGGCGUUCUGGCCAUGUCAAGAUCAAUCGGAGACAGAUACCUAAAGCCCUCGAUCAUUCCGGACCCAGAAGUGACAGUGACGAGGCGAGCGAAAGAAGACGACUGCCUCAUCCUAGCGAGCGAUGGCCUCUGGGACGUGAUGACGUGCGAGGAAGUGUGCGACGUGGCACGGAAGAGGAUACUGCUGUGGCACAAGAAAAGGGCGGUGGCCGGAGAGGCAAUGUUGCCGGUGGGAACGGCGCCGGUGGAAGGGAUGGACCCUGCGGCUCAGUCGGCGGCUGAGUAUUUGUCGAAGCUGGCGUUGCAGAAAGGAAGCAAAGACAACAUAAGCGUUGUGGUUGUGGACUUGAAGGCUCAGAGGAAGUUUAAGAGCAAAGCUUUGAACUCAUGAAAGGGUUUUUUUUUCCUUCAAAUCAAAAUGGGUAAGGAACAUUUUUGAUGAUGGGUCCAAAGGGGGGGUUAUAUUAUAUGAUUAAUCGCUGUAAUAAAUCUCAUUCCUCGCUUGUUACUGUUACUUUCACCACUGGUGUGUUUAUUCAUUUUUACUAACGUGUUGUAUAAGAUAUGCUACUGUUAUUGGGUUA